GUUUUUUAGCCAUAAAAUAGAAUCCGAAUUAAAAAACACGCGCUCUUCUCCUGAAAGCCGUUCGUCUUUAUGGAUCAUAAAUCAAAAAGUUCUUCGUCCAUUUGGACUGAGACAAAUUCAGAGGAGAAGCAGAAACCUGCUGUAACCACAGUCCUCGAGUCACCCAUUGAUGAAGAAAGGGGAGUUGAGGUAUCCGCUAUUGGCGAAAAACCUGUUGCCGAUGUUGCUUUGGCAAUACUGGACGAUACCAACUUUACAUACACAAAAGAAGAGGCUAAACAUGUCUCCCGUAAAAUCGACCUUGUCCUAAUGCCACUAAUGGCUCUCACCUAUAUGAUUCAGUAUCUGGACAAGGUGACGCUUUCAUACGCGGCACUAUUCGGCAUGAAUACAGAUACGCAUCUUCAUGGCUCUCAGUACAGUUGGCUCACAACGAUCUUUUACUUGGGCUAUCUUGUUGCCCAGUAUCCCGGUGCAUAUAUAAUGCAAAAGACAGGUGUUCGAGGCUUCUUAUUUGUGAACAUGUUUUUCUGGAGUGCCAUGGUGCUUCUAAUGGCGGCAUGCCAUAACUUUUCCGGCCUCGCAACUUGUCGAUUCUUCAUGGGUGUCUUCGAAGCAUGCGUCAGCCCAGCUUUCGUCAGCAUCACCAGUAUGUGGUACAAGCGAACGGAACAACCCGCACGAUCACUGUUCUGGUCCUCAUUUAACGGCGUUGCAGCAAUUGUGGGCGGCCUGAUCAACUUCGGAGUUGCUCACAUUCAAAAUGAAAAAGUGCCUACCUGGAAAUUUACUUUCAUCAUCAUUGGCGGCGCCUCAAUCAUCUGGUCAGUUUUCUUUUUCUUCUUGUUUCCAAGUAAUCCAGUUACGGCUCGGUUCCUGACACAACGCGAGCGCAGAAUUGCCAUUGAGCGUGUUCGUGAAAAUCGUACUGGUGUCGAGAAUAAAAUAUUCAAGAGAGAACAGCUUUGGGAAGCACUUCUGGAUCCUCAAGUUUGGUUGAUUGUGUUUGCCAUCGGUGUGUGGAUGAUCACCAAUGGUAUUGGCGCCUUCAAUUCAAUCAUUAUCGAAGCGUUAGGCGGAUUCAGCAAAGAAAAAACGACAUUGAUGAACAUGCCUGGUGGUGGAUUCAUGAUCGUGUUCCUUUUUUUCACCGGUCUCUGGUGUAAUUACAUCCGUAAUGGAAGAUUAAUCAUCGCAGUUUUUGGCACUUGGCUGCUCAUUCUCGCAUCUUGCCUUGUAUGGAAACUUCCGUCAACGGACCCGUGGGGCCGCAUGGUCGGUAUGUGGUUAACAUACACGACACCAAUUACGUUCGUCAUGCUUUUGUCUAUCUCAGCUUCGAACAUCGCUGGGUACACGAAAAAGCUAGUGGUUAACGCGAGCAUUUUCUGUUUUUACGCAGUUGGAAACAUCGUCUCGCCUUUGCUUUUUAAAUCAAGCCAGAAACCCACUUAUAACAUGGGCAUGGAGUCGAUGCUUGUUGCCUCCAUCGUCGUGUGCAUCCUGUGCCUUCUGCUCAUGGCUUACUACAAUUAUGAAAACCGCAGAAGAACCAAGUUAGAGGAAAAGGAGCUUGAUGCUGGUACCGGUCAAUAUAAAAAGAACGAGGAGUUCAUGGACUACACAGAUCGGCAACAGAUUGCGUUUCGGUAUAUUUGGUAAAGUAUUCGGAUCCGCAUACUCUGUAAAAAUAACUGCGGCAUGGGUGCACAAUAAACCUCACUAUUUAAUUCUCAAAAUAACGUCGUGUCGAUGCGCAUUAGUCAAUUCACAUUUGAUCUGCGACUUUGGCUUCUCCUUCAAUGAUCAAUCUUUUGGGAUAAUCACAUUGCUUACACGGCGCGCUUCACCCUCUUUUUGAUUGUAGAUUACGACAUACUUAUAGGAAUAUACAAUUCACUUACUGCGCCUUUAACAAAUGUUUAUAGCCCGCCCAAUUUACUCCGCUCUUCCUGCUGGUCCCUAUCUAACAAUUCGUUUUUAGUGGUAGCAGAGAUAAUGUACAUGCUCCCUUUAUCCGGCAACCAUUACGCGUAUAAGGCAACAUACAGAGCAAUAAUUACUAAUAGCGGUGCUAGAUUAGCAUAUAGAGAUAUAUGUUUAUUAAUAAUAUGACACAAAUAUGCGUAAAGAAAAUUAUAGAAAA